AUGGGUGCUAAUGCAUCUAACUACCCUCACUCAUGUUCCCCAAGGGUAGGGGGAAAUUCACAGGCACAACAGACAUUCAUAGGGACAUCAUCCUACUCUCAUCAAGGUUAUGGCUGUGAAUCAAAGCUGUACAGCCUUGACCAUGGUCAUGAGAAACCUCAAGACAAGAAAAAGAAAACCUCUGGCCUUGCCACCCUCAAAAAGAAAUUCAUUAAGCGUCGGAAAUCUAGCCGAUCUGCUGAUCAUGCCAAGCAGAUGCGUGAGCUCCUCUCAGGCUGGGAUGUCAGAGAUGUUAAUGCAUUAGUAGAAGAAUAUGAGGGGACAUCAGCCUUAAAGGAACUUUAUCUUCAAGCUAACUUGGCAAGACCAGAAGCCAGGACGCUACAAAAAGACAUGGCUGAACUUUAUCAGUACAAAUACUGUACUGAUGUAGACUUAAUAUUUCAAGAAACUUGUUUUCCUGUGCAUCGUGCGAUAUUGGCUGCAAGAUGUCCAUUUUUUAAGACGCUGCUUUCUUCCUCACCAGAGUAUGGGGCAGAAAUAAUAAUGGAUAUUAACACAGCUGGCAUAGAUAUGCCUAUGUUUUCUGCUUUGUUACACUACCUUUAUACGGGCGAGUUUGGAAUGGAGGAUUCAAGAUUCCAAAAUGUUGACAUCCUUGUGCAGCUUAGUGAAGAAUUUGGAACACCGAAUUCCUUAGAUGUUGACAUGCGUGCACUGUUUGAUUACAUGUGCUACUAUGAUGUGGUUCUUAGCUUUUCAUCCAACUCUGACUUAGUUGAAACUUUUGGUGGAAGUCAGAACUGUCUAGAUGAAGAGCUCAGAGCUCACAAAGCUAUUAUUUCAUCACGAUCUCCAUUUUUUCGUCACUUGCUGCAGAGGAGGAUACGAACUGGUGAAGAAAUCACAGACCGAACUCUACGAACUCCAACUAGAAUUAUAUUGGAUGAAUCUAUCAUACCAAAAAAAUAUGCUAAGGUCAUUUUGAACUGUAUGUAUACAGAUGUGGUGGACCUCUCAGUUUUGCACUCCAGCCCUUCAGUGGGCAGUUUAAGUGAAGUUCAGGCUCUUGUAGCAGGAAAACUAAACAUGACUAGGGCUGAAGAAGCUAUGGAGCUUUAUCACAUAGCACUGUUCUUGGAGUUUAACAUGCUUGCACAAGGCUGUGAAGAUAUUAUUGCCGAGAGCAUCUCACUAGACACCUUAAUUGCCAUUCUGAAGUGGAGCUCUCAGCCGUACGGUUCCAAGUGGGUAUAUCGUCAAGCGCUACAUUUCCUCUGUGAGGAGUUUACCCAGGUCAUGACUUCAGAUGUCUUCUAUGAACUCAGCAAGGACCACCUGCUCACAGCUAUUCAGUCUGACUACUUACAGGCAAGUGAACAAGAUAUUCUUAAAUAUCUGAUUAAAUGGGGAGAACAUCAGUUGAUGAAGAGAAUAGCAGAUCGAGAGCCUAAUUUACUCAGUGGUACUGCUCACAGUGUGAACAAAAGAGGUGUGAAGAGGAGAGAUCUUGACAUUGAGGAGCUGAGAGAGAUCCUGUCUCCACUUUUACCUUUUGUGCGCAUUGAGCACAUUUUACCCAUGAAUAGUGAAGUACUGAGUGAUGCAAUGAAGAGAGGCCUGAUUAGUACUCCUCCUUCAGACAUGCUACCAACGUCAGAAGGUGGAAAGUCAAAUGCCUGGUUGCGGCAAAAAAAUGCUGGAAUAUAUGUGCGGCCAAGACUGUUCUCGCCAUAUGUGGAGGAGGCUAAGAUCUUGAUGAAAUUCCACCGGAAACAAAGCAGCGUUCUGAGGGAAACCUCCCUGGUUUCCAGCCAGUUUGCCGGCCCAGCUCCUCGGCAGCCCUCCUGGCAGGCGGAUGGCAAGUCAGUACUGGAUGAGAUGAUGGUGGAACAAACCGAUCUUGUUCGUUUGCGGAUGGUCCGAAUGUCCAAUGUACCCGACACCCUUUACAUGGUAAACAACGCGGUGCCGCAGUGCUGUCAUGUGAUUACCCACCAGCAAGUUAGCACUAACCAGUCCAGUCCUCCUUCAGUUAUAGCCAAUGAAAUCCCAGUUCCCAAUCUCCUCGUUGUAAAAGAGAUGAUCAAACGGCUGCAGGAGCUGCGUCAUACUGAGCAGGUGCAAAGAGCAUAUGCUCUUAAUUGUGGCGAAGGUGCCACAGUCAGUUAUGAGAUUCAGAUUCGUGUGCUGCGGGAAUUUGGACUUUCUGAUGCUGCUGCUGAACUUUUACAGAAUCCUCACAAAUUCUUUCCUGAUGAGCGGUUUGGGGACGAAAGCCCACUUCUGACAAUGAGGCAGUCCGGACGAUGUCGCGUUAAUAGCACUCCCACUGCUGAAACCAUGUUUACAGAACUGGACUCUUUUGUGGCCUUCCAUCCACCAUUACCCCCUCCUCCACCUCCAUACCACCCACCAGCAACUCCUGUUCAUAACCAGUUCAAAGUGGGCUGGAAACAAAGGGUGCCAAGUCAACAUCCCUCCCGUUCCUUUUCUUACCCAUGUAAUCACUCACUAUUCCACUCCCGAACUGCUCCCAAAGCUGUGCCGCCUGUCUACUUGCCCAGUGUUAAAGCAGCGCCUCCUGAUUGCACUAACACUGCAGGUCUGGGGAGACAAACAGUGGCUGCAGCAGCGGCAGUGAUGGCAGCUGAGAAGCAAGUAUGUACGCAGCCCUUGCUGAACGAACUGAUGCCAGAUAUUGCAAUGGGUGUGUCAGCAAUGUCUUUAAAAGACAGAAGAUUACCAGAGCUCACGGUCGACACAGAAUUAAGCCAGACAGUUACAGAGGUAGGGCCCGGUCCACCCCAGCACAUUUCAUGUAUUCAGAACAGACACAUGCCCACUUCUCGAAAGAAACAUGCAAUAGAGCAAAAAAUUUUGCAGGAAUAUCCUGACUUCUAUGACUUCUCUAAUGCUGCAUGCAGACCCUCUACUCCAGCACCCAACAGGCACAGUCCUUCGCCUUCACAAGGCAUCUAUUUUGGCCCAGAUUUGUACAGCCACAAUAAGGCAUCACCAAGUGGCUUAAAGUCAGCCUAUCUACCUUCCCAGAUGUCUCCUAAAAAGCAAGAGGGUUCUAGGAGGGAAUACCUGCUCUCCCAAGAUGGGCACCAACACAGACAAAAGAAUGAGCCAAUACACCUCGAUGUCUUAGAACAACCUCCCCAGCGACUGGACUUGGCGUUGGCUACCCAGGAAAAUGCUAGUAAUGGCCCGGUUCACAUCAGGGGAAGAACAAAAAUGGAAACCGAUUUAACCUAUGGGCUAACCUCCAACAGACCUUCGCUCUCUGCAUACACCUCUGAAAUGCAAGAAGAGAGACCCAGUAGGAGACUGGCAGAUGAUGAGCCAUUGGAACACGGAGCACAGAGAAACACAGAUUUGGAAAGGGAAGAUGCAGUAAGCAGAGGCAGGAGGUCUCCAAACAAACCAGACUUCCUGUAUAAAAAAUCUGCCCUAUGAAAGCAACCUCGACUAUUUCUCUGUGCCUAAGAGUUGUAAACAUCCCAUUCUUUGCAACUUUUGGCCUGACUUCCGUCAGACGAAUUCGUUCAUGCCAGCAGAUAAAUUCAGCUUCGCUCACUUCUUUUGUACAUA